UUAACUUUCUCGAUAGCAAUUACACUGCUCCUGCCUUUUUGAAAUAAAAGUUGUUCGAAAUCUGUUUAAACAUACGUAAACUUUGUAUGUGCAAGAUUUGCAUGUGAUAAUUCAUCACUGUUUUCAAAAUUUUUUAUUUGAUCUUUUGUUUUGUAUCAAUGAGAACUUGUAUUAUCAUAUACAAAUGGCAGUUAAGGUUAUGAAUGUGGUCGCAUCGAUAAAUGUGAGAUAGCAGAUUGCGAUGCAUUUUCUAGAUAUACGAAUAUAAAUACUUUCUAGUCGAUCGAUUUAGAUAAUAUCUUCGUAAAAGAAGUAUAAAAGAGGUGACGCAUUACAAUUAUGGCGUCGGCGAUUGAAGUUCUGGCAAAGCAGGCGAUGAAAACGUUUGGUGAUUGCAGAAACGUCAGCUACCGGCUUUGCCAGAAAAAUUUGGACAAACUAUAUAGUUUGAUAAGCAAGAUAACUGCUGAGGAUGUAAAACUUGAUAAGAAAACUCUCGAUUACGUCAGUAGGCAGCCGGCACCUAUGUGUGUAAUAGAUAUAUUCGAAAACAAGGACAUAACAAUUGCGAUUUUCAUACUAAAACACGGAGUCAGGAUGCCCAUGCAUGAUCAUCCUGGAAUGCAUGGUUUGUUAAAGGUAAUCAGUGGUAUGGUGGAAUUAAACAGCUACAGCUUGAAGACAAAGCAUGAUCAUAUAAUUAAAGGGAACGAGGAAAUCACAGCCGUCAGGCAUCGACCAAUUUUUCUUCAUAAUAAUUUACCUGCUUAUAUUCUUACACCUUCGGAAAAGAAUCUGCAUGAAAUUUCAUGCAUUGAAGGUCCUGCAGCUUUCCUGGAUAUUCUCAGCCCACCAUACGAUGUUGACGAGUAUGGCAAAGGACCAAGACCGUGUACAUUCUUUAAGACUGUCAAAUCUAAGUUAUGUACAGAACCCACAGAUAUAAUUGAAGAAGUUCAGUUAUCGAUCAUAGAAAGUCCACCAGAUUUUUAUUCCACGAGUUUAGAAUACAUUGGACCUCCAUUAAAGAGUUACUGCAACUAAAAUAAUCUUCAUUUUUUUGAUUUGUGUAAUGCCGACGUUGGAAAUACUUUCACUAUUUGCACGGACAAUGGCUAUUCGGACAAUCUUUACAUGAUUAUUAAGUGUUUUUUAAAUCAAUGAUUUUGGGAACAGUGGCCAAAUAUUAGGUGUAUAUACAUCACUCACAGCUUCAAAUCCCCAAAGUAACAGCAUUACAAAACAAAACGUUAUAAUAAAUGUAUAUGGUAUAGAACAAGAAAUUUUAUCUUGCAACAGGUUAUUUUAUGACAGCAUUUACAUGUGAAAUUAAAUUAAAAAAUAUAGCCUAUAUAUCUUGAUUUCAAUAGUAAUAUGGUAGACUUGUAUAUAGAUAUAUAUGCAUAAAUUGUAUGUAAGUAUAUUAUGUGUUGAUACUUACAUGUAUUUGCAUGUGUAUGUACAUAAUAUGUACGUGUAUAUAUGAAUGUAUACUUUACACAUAUAUGUACAUACAUAUGAAUUUUGUAGGUGUAUCUUUAUCUAAGGUCACAAUAAAGAAUUAUAACAAGUA